UGUCAUUUUCCCAGGAGGGAGGGAGGGGGAGUUGGAAAAGAGAACAAAUUGGAGGCUGUUAUGUUGAGCUGCUCUUGUGCAACUCCUUGCAGCUGUCUUCAGAGAGCCCUGUCGGCGGGGACGUCACUGCUUGCCUGAUUACCCGCCCCUCUUGGCCAGGGAAUGGCAUCUUGUGCAAGCCAGCAGGAGACCCAGAGCAGGGGAGGAAAUACGUAAGAACAGAUAUCUGUGGUUUUUGAAAGGGGAAGUGCAACCCAAAGGGGAAAGAUGCAGAGUGAGACAGCAGUGAGCAAAGGCUUUGGGAUGUUUCUGCGGCUGCAGAGAGACUGAGAUUCGGAUUGGGAUAAACGGCCUCCCCAACAAAAAGAUAACACUAAACUCUGUCUGAAGACUUGAUGAAAUGUCGUUUUCCUGGUGUUGUGAACUCGGAAGGUGUGAGCUGUAGAGGAAGUGCGUUCCGGAGGGAUCGCUCUCUGUGCUGCACCGUUGUCUUUGCUCCUUGAAGAAGCUGUCAAGUGCUGCAUGGUUCCCGAGGUGCCUGGAGCAGAAAGGAUCUGUUCAGCGCUGGGAGACUGUGGCAGCAACGUACUGCUGUGUGAGGGAGCGGUUUGUUCAUAGCACCUUUCGAGGCCCCAGGGAAUGUGCUAUGACAUCAGUGAUGGUGGAUAGCGGAGGCCUGGUGUUUGACUUUGCAAGUAAUGGAAUGGAGAAUCAACAGCAGCAGGAGGCAGAGAGCAGUGCAAACUACCCAGCGGUGAUUGUUGAGCCAGUUCCCAGUGCCAGGCUCGACCAGGUCUAUGCCGCACAGGUACUGGUUUACGAUGAUGAAACGUACUUGUUGCAAGAUUUUGCUGAAGAGCAAGAGAUCGAGACGGAUUCGUCAGAAACAGUGGAAGCAUCGGUCCACAGCAGCAAUGUCGUACACUGCACAGACAAGACCAUCGAGGCAGCUGAGGCACUGCUUCAUAUGGAUUCUCCGACCAUCCUGAGAGAUGACAAGAACUCUGUUCAGGUGUUUGUUCCACCGUGUGUGUCAACCCCCGAGUUCGUUCACGCUGCCAUGAGGCCCGACGUCAUCACAGAGACUGUCGUGGAAGUAUCGACAGAAGAGUCUGAGCCCAUGGACACGUCGCCUGCACUUCCGAUACUGGAAGCCCCAGAGCCAGCCAAGAAAAAGAAAGUUGGUCGAAAACCAAAGAACCAGCAAUCGGGGUUGCCUAGCAGUGCGCCGGACCUGUCUGUGAAAAAGAAGGCGAGAGAAGGGAAGGGGAAUACCACCUACCUCUGGGAGUUCCUCCUGGACUUACUGCAGGACAAGAACACCUGCCCUCGGUACAUCAAAUGGACCCAGCGUGAGAAGGGCAUCUUUAAACUCGUGGACUCUAAGGCGGUAUCAAAGCUGUGGGGUAAACACAAAAACAAGCCGGAUAUGAACUACGAGACCAUGGGCAGGGCACUAAGGUAUUACUACCAAAGAGGGAUUCUGGCCAAGGUAGAGGGACAGCGAUUGGUCUAUCAGUUCAAGGAGAUGCCCAAAAACUUGAUCAUCAUUGACGAAGAGAAAGUGGACCCUACUAGCCAAGAUCCCUACCCAUCAGAAAUGCUGGCUGCUGCCAUUGGCAGCCCAGUAGCGACAACUCCCAUCUCUGCAGACAGCAUCUCCUCGUCCAUAUUGGUAAAGACAACGACGGCGGCUUCGAGAAGUCCUCGGAGCGGAGCUCAGCAAAGUGUUGUGAAGCUGGGCAAAAUGGCAACAGUGAAGGUCUCACCGGUUGGUCAAGGUGGAAUCCUGUCUCAUAUGACUACAACGUCCCUUCCAGUCAUAACCACAACUGUUCCCAGCAGCAGAACCUUACGGGUGGCAAUGCAAGUGCCUGUCGUCAUGACCUCCUCGGGGCAGAAGUUUUCAACGAUGGCCGUCCAGACGCUGAAUCCUGUUUCCACGGUAAUAACCAGUACAAACACCACUGGCUCGACCCCGAAGGUGGUCAUCCAGACUAUUCCUACCAUGGUGCCCGCCGGCACGGCAGAGAAUGGCGACAAAAUCGCGAUGCAGCCCACCAAAAUCAUCACCAUCCCCGUGGCACAGAUAGCCCAGUGCCACUUACAGACAAAGGCAGGCCUGGCUACGUCCGGCGGCAUUAAUGUGGUGGGGGCGGCGACAGCCAUUCAAGCUCUGUCCCCCGUGUCGGUGGCGGGGGGCACGCCGGUCAUGAGGCUAGCAGUGCCCGCCCAGCAGGCAGGAGGCCAAAGUGCUCCUCAAGUCAUCACAGCGGUCAUCAAAGGACCGGAGAUGAGGCAGCAAGGGCAGAGAGGGAAGGUGGGGGCAGAGCUGCACAACCUGCCCGUGAUCAAGGAAGUGGAGCGAAUUGUGGAGGGCAGCAAGACUUUGACUCGCUGGGUUGUCGUCAACACGCCGUCGGCCAUUGCCCUUCCUUUGACGUCCAAAACAGAGGCAGAAUCGACGGUGACGGGAGAAAAAUAACCAGCUGAAAAAGAACUUGAUUUUGUUUUGUUUUUUUUAAAAAAAGGAAGAAACUUUGGUCGUAUGCAAGACUUUUUUUUAAAAAAAGGAACGUUCUCAGCGGGCAACGAACUCUUCCUUUUAAUUAUUUUUUUUGCCGUCCCAACGGUUCAAGGCGGGGUUUGAGCCACGCCAUCAAAUGCUGACAAAGAAACAGUCUCUUUUUUUCAAAAAAAAAGAAAAACAAACAAAAUAGGAACCAAUACAAGAGACGUCAAUGAAAUUGAGAUGCAGGUGGAAAGCAUCAUCAAUUCGCAAACAAUAAGGGACCAUAAGAGUUUCACUACAUUUUUGAACCUACACUAAAGAAUUUCUGGAAACACUAAACUAGCGUUUAUGAUUUGGUUUUGUAGCAUGAAUACUGCACAAUUUUUUCUUAAAAAAGCCCGCUGUGUCUUCAUGCCAUUGUCAGUGCAAGUAAAAAAAUUCCUUCCCCGCCCCCCCCCCCCACCCCAAAGAAAAAGGUGCUUGUUAAGCAGGUAGCAGUGCUGUGGUGGGAGCAAUGUAACCUGCCCUCAUCUUGCAAUGAAAGCCACUUUUUUUUUAAAAAACAUUUUGAACCAGGAAUAUUUUUCUUCAUCAACCUUAAGUGGUGAAACUUGCCUGAUCGAAUCAGGCCAGUCGUGCUUGUCAUUAGAACUGUGACAGGAUUGGAUCUAUUUGACCCUGGGGUCCUGGGAGCCCAAGAACCUGUGGAGGAUAGGAAUUGGUUACUAGUGUGCAGGAAAUCGCUGGUGACACUGGGCCUUUUUAAAACCGGGGAUGCUGCCUUUUGCAAUCAACUGCAGUGGCGGCAUUUGUUUAAAUAACACUGUGUGCACGCAGUAUUUUUUUUUCUUUUACUGGUGCUGAGUGAAUUCUCGUUUAUAUAUUAAAAAAAACUGUGUUUGGAACACGAAGAAGGAUUAAGUUGAAAUAGAAGCUCGGGAUUAAACUGCUUUUAUUUGGAGAGAUGAAUGUGAAGUUCUUUUUGCAGGAUUUGUAUAAUUAAGUUUGUGAGCAACGUUAAAAUGGAAGCUUCAGUUUUCCCUCUCAUUUAAAAAAAAUAAGCUAA